CUUUUUUUUUUUUUUUUUUCCUUUCUUCAUCUUUUGAUUUUUCUCCGGCAGAUCCUAGACUACUCGUUUGGUUCAUGCCUGAAGCUUGAACCAACAACAUCACCCAAAACCAAAACAGCUUCUUCCCUAAUAAUUCCUCGCCAUUUUCAACCGCAAAAUACUAAAUUUCUCCUGAGAAACGAAAAAGACUCAUCCCGAAUCCUCAAUUUUCUCUGAAAACAUCAAACUUGCGAAACAGGAGAAACAACAGAAUCAUCUGCUUUCAAUGGAUUCUGACUCUCCCAGAACCAUCCCUGUUGUUUCUACUUUUGCUUCUCCAUUUGACAAUCCUCCUCCUCACCCUCCUUCUUCAGUCAAUGGCGCCAAUUCCUCCAACCGGAAGCCCAUAAGUCUAUGGCCGGGAAUGUAUCAUUCGCCGGUGACAAAUGCUUUGUGGGAGGCAAGGUCUCAGAUCUUCGAAAGACUCCUUGACCCACCGAAAGAUGCGCCUCCACAGAGCGAACUGCUCACCAAAGCUCCAUCUCAAAGCAGGAUUAGCAUUCUUUACAAUUUCUCAACUGAUUACAUACUGAGGGAGCAGUACAGGGAUCCAUGGAACGAAGUUCGGAUUGGGAAAUUGCUUGAAGAUCUCGAUGCCUUAGCCGGAACCAUCUCUGUCAAGCAUUGUUCCGAUGAUGAUAGCACAACAAGGCCGCUUUUGUUGGUUACUGCUUCAGUGGAUAAGAUUGUGUUGAACAAGCCAAUUAGUGUUGAUAUUGAUCUGAAGAUAGUUGGUUCUGUCAUAUGGGUUGGUCGAUCAUCAAUUGAGAUUCAACUAGAAGUUAUUCAAUCAACUAAAGAAGACACGGAUUCUUCAGAUUCAGUAGCUUUGGCGGCCAACUUCAUAUUUGUGGCCCGUGACUCUAAGACUGGAAAGGCUGCUCCAGUGAACCGGCUCUCCCCACAAACUGACCAUGAAAAGUUUCUUUUCGAAGAAGCUGAAGCUAGGAAUAAUUUAAGGAAAAGGAAACAAGGAGGAGACAGAAGGGAAUCUGAAAAUGGCGAAGUAAAUAGACUCAAUGCACUCUUGGCUGAAGGACGGGUCUUCUGUGACAUGCCAGCUCUGGCAGACAGAGAUAGCAUUCUUUUAAGGGAUUCACGACUUGAGAACUCUUUGAUUUGCCAGCCACAACAAAGGAACAUCCAUGGCAGAAUCUUUGGGGGGUUUCUGAUGCACAGAGCAUUUGAGUUGGCUUUCUCAACAGCUUAUGCUUUUGCUGGACUGGUGCCAUGCUUUUUAGAAGUUGAUCACGUUGAUUUCUUAAAACCUGUGGAUGUUGGGGAUUUCCUUCGUUUCAAGUCAUGUGUUCUGUAUACACAACUUGAAAAUCCAGACCAACCCCUAAUAAAUAUUGAAGUUGUCGCUCAUGUUACAAGACCGGAGAUCAGAUCUAGUGAGGUAUCGAAUACUUUCUACUUUACUUUCACUGUUCGCCCAGAAGCAAAAGCUACAAAGAAUGGAUUUAAAAUCCGGAACGUAGUUCCAGGAACAGAGGAAGAGGCACGUCGCAUUCUCGAGCGCAUGGAUGCUGAGACUGUGAGAUCAAUAAAAAGAACGAGCAUCUAACAGAAUCUCGUGUGAGAAAAUCAGCAUAGAAGUGACUGAGGCUUGACUAAUGGUGGGGAAAUUUGAAUACUUUAUGAAAAAAAUUCCGAAAUAAUUGUAGCUUUAGGAUAUUCUGUAAUCAUCUAAAGAACGGAAAGAUCUAAGUUUAUCUUGGUUUGUCCAUGCCCUUAUUUUCAUAUUGGCAACAUUCACCUCUACGGGCUUUUGUGCUCGCUUUUGAGCUGUUUGAGCUCGUACAGCAGCUAACAAGAAAAAGACUCGGGGGUUUUAUCUGUAAGUGAAAGUUAGAGAAAGGAAAGAUUUCUUGAGUGCA